UCGUGCGGGUCCGCCUUUCUUCCUGCUCGAUUUUGCAGAUUAAAUUGCGCACCGUGUUGGCGACGCUUGUUUUAAUCCGUUUAUUUCUGUACAACCUUCGCUAACGGGGUAAAGAUGCUCGCCGUACUGCGUAAACAGCUUAAAAACCACCCAGCUCUGAUCCCCCUUUUGUUCUUCAUCAGUGGAGGGACAGCCAUGUCCCUGAUGUACCUGGCUCGUCUGGCCUUGAGAAACCCUGAUGUGUGCUGGGAUCGCAAGAACAACCCAGAGCCCUGGAACAAGAUGGCCCCGACUGAUCAGUACAAGUUCUACGCAGUUAACGUGGACUACAGCAAGCUGAAGAAGAAUGGCCCUGAUUUCUAAAGAUCCCAUCUUCUGGACCAAAAGCACAAAGAAGAGCUGAUCCGCACAGCCCUGUUUUGGAGCUUCCUUUGGGAGACCAAGGGAUGCAGAGGCUAAACACCGCACAGUUGAAUCAUAUUUAAGUUUCCUCAUUGCAUCCAAUUGGCAUUUAUAGAACAUGUCACUUAUUUUCAAUGGUUUUCAAUAAAGUGAAGGAGUCUUUUCUCCUCCAUUCAGAGAAAAGAGCCCGUUUCAUUCA